AUGGCUGCUGAGAAUCACACUGUGUUUACAGAAUUCAUAUUGCUAGGGUUUUCUGACAGAAAGGAUGUGCAGCGGGGACUCUUUGUGCUCUUUCUCCUGGUUUAUGGCAUAACUGUUAUUGCCAAUCUAGGAAUGAUCUUACUAAUCAAGAUGGACUCCAGGCUUCACACACCAAUGUAUUACUUUCUGAGCAAUCUGUCUUUCUGUGAUGUCUGCUAUUCCUCCACUGUCUCUCCCAAGAUGCUGGCUGAUUUCUUAUCUGAGCAAAAGAGGAUUCCAUAUAACUUAUGUGCCAUUCAGAUGUAUUUUUUUGGAGCCUUUGCAGAUGUAGAAUGUCUUAUGUUGGCUGCCAUGGCCUAUGAUCGUUACGUAGCCAUUUGCAAUCCACUUCUUUAUACAGUUGCCAUGUCUGGGGGGAUCUGUACCCAGUUAGUGUCUGGUGCUUACAUUGUAGGCUUGGUGGAUUCAGCAAUCCACACAUGCUGCACAUUUCGACUAUCAUUCUGUAAGUCCAAUGUUAUCAAUCAUUUUUUUUGUGACAUCCCACCCUUGCUUGCUCUCUCCUGCUCAGAUACAUCCAUCAACGAGAUAGUGAUGUUCACUUUUAUUGGCUGUGUUGUGGGGUGCAGCAUUAUAACUGUCCUUCUCUCCUACAGCUAUAUCCUAACAACCAUCCUUAGAAUGAACUCAGCUGAGGGGAGGCGCAAAGCCUUUUCCACAUGUGCCUCCCACUUAACAGCUGUGGCUAUAUUCCAUGGCACAUUACUGUUCAUGUAUUUCCGACCAAGCUCGAGUUACUCUAUGGACACUGACAAAAUGGCUUCUGUUUUCUACACAGUAGUGAUCCCUAUGUUAAACCCACUGAUUUACAGCCUGAGAAAUAAGGAUGUGAAAAGUGCUCUGAAAAAAACAAUCAGCACAAAACAUGGGUGA